AUGGAGUAUAAAAAAAAUAUUGUAUAUAAAAUUGUAGAAGAAAAUGAUUGGAAUAAUUUUAAAGUUAGAAAGUCAGGUAAACCAGGUAGACCAAAAAUACAUAUAAAUAAAAUUUGUUUGAGAUGUAAAGUUGCCUCAAAUAGUGGAUGGAGAAAGGGCCCCGAAGACUGUUGUUUGUGUAAUAAAUGCGGGAAACAAUACGAAAAUUUAGAGAAUCUUUUGCAUGAAUACAGCAAAGAUUUUAGAUACAUUACAAAUAUAAACCCAUUUCAAUUGGUAAUAUCGGUUUUCAUGGAGGGUGGGAAUCUUUCAAUACACGAAUAUAGAUUUUUUAUAAACUCUUUUUCCAGUAUUAACAAAGAUCAAGAAAACAUAUUAUAUUUUAAACGUACAGGGUUAAUUUUAAAACCCGGUGGAAAUAAUUUUUCAUUAUUCCAAAGAUAA